GACGGGACACUUCAUAAACAGUCAAACAUUUUGUCGGCAACCUGCGUAGCCAACAUUGCCGAAAACAUCAGUCACUGUGUUUUAAACAUACUUCUGCCGUGUCUAUUUGUUGACCCAUUUCAUGUAACGUUAAUAUUUACGUUGUUUGUCAGGUAGCUGGCUUGCUAAGUUAGCUUUGCACUAGGCUAAUCGCUAAUGCUAAGUAGCUAGCGAGCUAACAUCCCCGACCAUGAGUUCACUAAGCUACUCCACUCCUGCUGAAGAAGAAGAGGUCUGCUGGACGGAGAAAGAAGAAGAGGCUGUCACAGUUAAACAAGAAGUAGAGGAUGAGGCUGUUACUGUGAAAGAAGAAGAGAAAGAAGUUACUGUGACAGAGAAAGAAGCUUUCAGAGUGAAAGUGGAGGAGGAAGGAGUUUUCGGAGUGAAGCUGGUGGGCAAGAUUACUGGCACGUUGGAAGAGGAGACGGGAGGUCUGAGUAACACCAGAGAGCGACCAGACUCUCACUCUGGCAGCGGGGAGAGUCCUUUAGGGGAACCAGACCCAGAGACGUCCAAAUUGGCGAGACGACACCACUGCUCCCAGUGUGGGAAAAGUUUUCUCCGAUCACAACAACUGAAAUCGCACAAGCGAACACACACAGGAGAAAAGCCUUACCAGUGUUCCCAGUGUGGAAAGUGUUUUACUCGGUUAGAUUACCUGAAAAGUCAUAAGCAAAUACACUCUGGAGAGAAGUCUUACUCCUGUUGCCAUUGUGGAAAAAGUAUUAGGUGGUUAGGGACUCUGAAAUCGCAUGAGCGAAUGCACACACAAAAAAAGCUCUACCAAUGUCAGUUGUGUGGAAAGCGGUUUACCCAGUUAGAAGCCCUGAUUGUGCAUGACAGGACACACACAGGCGGGGAUAAGACCUACCACUGCUCCCAGUGUGGAAAGAGAUUUAAUUGGUUAAGGCAGCUGAACAAGCAUGAAAGAAUACAUACACAGGAGGAGAAGACAUACCACUGCUCUCAUUGUGGAAAGACAUUUUCCCAGUUAGAGGACCUGAAAUCGCAUGAGAAAAUAGAGAGGCUGUGUUCUGACUUGAGUUUUUGACUGAUAAUUUGUGUUUUUGUUUAAUCUUUAUGAAAUCAAUUUGUAUAUAUGGAAGCAGAAUAAGGCUACUGUUGUUUCAUUUAGAGACCUGAUCAUGUCUAAUAUCAGGUGUCUGUUGGGUUCUGAUGAUGAGCUUCGUUUGAUUUGAUACAAGUAUAAACCCUCUGUUGUUCAUCGUAUGCUUUUCAUAUUGCAUAAUGUACAUAAAUAUAUAA